AUGCCACCCACUGCGUGCGCGCAACCUCACGCCGCCCGCCGCGGCUCGCCGUCACGUGACCUCACUUAUGCAACAUCUGGCGCGAGCUCCGUUCGCGGCGCGGCGCGGCGCGGCGUCUCGGGAGCAGUGCACGACGCCACGCGACGGCGAGAGCAGCGAAGGACGCCUUUCACCGGCUCUAAGAGGAUCGAGAUGGCGGAGGAAGCGACCGCGACGGUGCGGGUGGCGGAGGGGCUGCUGCGGGGGCGGCGCGUGGAGUCUCGCGGUGGAGGAACCUUCUGGAGCUUCCAGGGAGUGCCUUACGCGCGCCCGCCUAUAGGGCCGCUGCGUUUCAAGUUCGACGGCGAUGUGACGCAGGACUACGUGGGCAGCGAGGACUGCCUCUACCUGAACGUGUUCGCGCCGCGGAGUCCCGCGGCCGGAGGGGCCCCGCUGCCCGUGAUGGUCUUCGUGCACGGCGGGGGCUUCGAGUUCGGCUCGGGCAACGCACUGCAGUACGGCCCCGACUACCUCGUGGCGGACGGGGUCGUCCUCGUCACCCUCAACUACCGCCUGGGGGUGCUAGGUUUCCUGUUCAUGGAGGAGGCGUCCCCUGGCAACGUUGGCCUCAAAGAUCAGGUGGCAGCCCUGCGCUGGGUGAAGAAGAACAUCGCGGCGUUCGGGGGCGACCCUGGCAACGUAACGCUGUUCGGCAUGAGCGCGGGCGGGGCUUCUGUGCACUUCCAUAUGCUGUCUCCUAUGACUAAGGGUCUGUUCCACCGCGCCAUCGCCAUGAGCGGUGCAGCGCUGAACCCAUGGGCGGUGCAGACGGAUCCAGCAGACACCACCCGACGACUGGCACGCCUACUCGGCUGCACCAGCGACGAUCCGCACGCCAUCGUCGAGUUUCUGCGAGGUGUCGACUACAAGGAGUUGGUACAUGUCGCACAUACAGAUGCUGUUCCGGAAAAGGAGGACAUCGCAAAGGACGUGGACGCAAAUUGGGAGCACAAUGUGCUUCCUGAGCUCCGCGUGCCGCCUGACGGGCCUCGGGCCAAGGAAGCUCUUGACGAGUUGCGCCGGUUCUUCAUGGGGGGCAAACCUCUCUCCAAGGAUACCAUGCAAGGUUUCUUGAACCUGCACUCAGACAUUACUUUUCACGAGGGCAUUGCCUAUGCACUACAAUGCAUGGCAAAAACUCCAAAAGCACCUUUAUAUCUGUACCAUUUCUCAGUCGAUGACAAGUUAAACUUCUUGAAGCCUCUCAAGAACCUUGACUAUCCAGGUGCCUGCCACGCAGACGAAAUAGGCUACUUGUUCCGAGUGGAGCUAAACGACCCUGACCUGCCACCGGAAGACCCCGCAGCGCUGGUGCGUCGACGGAUGAUUCGACUGUGGACCAACUUUGCCAAAAAGAAUGACCCCACACCUGAGGACGACCCGUUGCUGGGAGUGCGGUGGAAGCCCUACACUGCUGAGGAGCGAAACUUCCUAGAGAUCGGCCCUCAACUACGAAACGGAACCGACCUCUACGCCGAUAGGGUGGCGUUCUGGGAAAAGUUUUACAAUACGUAUGGAUCGUAACAUUAUUUUGUCAACAGAAAUACUAUAUAUUGUUAAUGUUUUGAUUCGCAUUUGAAAUAAAACCACAAGCAGGCUAGUAGCGCAGUAAAUUAUUUUCCUUUUUCUCCUGCCAUAAUAAAAAAUUCUAUAUAUUGAAAUUAGAUUGGACACCCAAUUAGAUUUAAAUAAAUAAUUAGAAAUUAAAAAAUAAACACUACAUUCUUAGGUGACCUUCAGGGAACUUCCCAUUUUCUUGGGAAGCUGAAAACGGAUCUGAUGGAAGGUCUACGAGCAAACAUGAAGAGUCCAAAGAUAGGCGACGAACAUUCAGUACCAGAAUAGAGGUCUGAGCAGCAAAACGUUUGAUAUCAAGUGUUGAAAAAAUGGGGUCUGGUGCAGCAAAAAUUACCCUUCUGAAAUGGUACACGCGAAUAUUGUAAUGACGAAAACAAAAGUGCAUUCCGAGUAUGCUAGGAAGAAAGAAGAUUUAAAAAUAUAUUUGCGAAAUGCGUUACUUUUUUACGUUAACAUAAAAUUGCACAAAUUAUUAAAUGUCAGCAACAUUGCUGCAACAUUAAUAAAGAAUAAGGCAGGAAUGACUCCAUGAAUAGUGUUGAACUGUUCACUUUUUUUUCUUCAACCAUUAAAAUAAAUCACAUCGAAAAUAUGUAAUAUACUGGCAUUUAUUCCUCAUCAUAUAUCCUCCUAACACUUCCCGAG